AUGAACUGGGACAUAGUUAUUAUUAUAGCAGUUUUUGGACUAGCUUGCAGAUUUAUCAACAUUAUACUUCUAUAUAGUCUUAAAGCUCUCUUGUUGUUAAGAAAAGCAAAAAAAAUUCCCAAGGACAAUGAUCGAAUUGUCAUUACUGGAAGUACUGACGGAAUUGGUUUGGCUUUCGCUAAAUAUUUUGCAAAAGCAAAAGAAAAUAUUCAAUUAAUCCUUAUUAGUCGUAACGAGAUCAAACUAAGCAACACAAAAACGGAAAUCAUCAAAUUAAAUAACAAUAUCAAAGUUGAUACCAUUGUUUGUGAUUUUUCAGCCGUUACUACUAAAAUGUCUAAAAUAAAAAAACCCAGUUUAUUGGUUCCUUCGACUGAGAAAUACGUCAAAUCCGCUAUUUCUUGCAUUAGAUACCUAGUAUCGAAUCCGCUAACGGCAAAAUUAUGA